GCGGCCUCACUAUCUGUAGUAGCAGCAACAGCGCCCAGCUUGGUAGCGUGCCGUUGUGAAGAAUUGUCGAGAACAACGUUAGGCGUAAAGUCAUGCCUCGUGUUUAUAUUGGACGACUGAGCUAUCAUGUCCGUGAAAAAGACAUUCAGAGAUUUUUCAGUGGAUAUGGAAAGCUCAUGGAAAUCGACUUGAAAAAUGGCUAUGGAUUCGUGGAGUUCGAGGAUAACCGGGAUGCCGACGAUGCCGUGUACGAGCUGAACGGGAAGGAGCUGUGCGGAGAGCGGGUGAUCGUCGAACAUGCCCGGGGGCCGCGGCGAGACCGAGAUGGCUACGGUAGCGGUUACAGCAGCCGGAGCCGCUCUGGCAGGGAUAAGUACGGACCUCCAGUCCGCACAGAGUACCGUCUCAUUGUGGAAAACUUGUCCAGUCGCUGCAGCUGGCAGGACCUUAAGGACUUUAUGCGUCAGGCAGGAGAGGUGACAUAUGCGGAUGCCCACAAGGAGCGCACAAACGAGGGAGUGAUUGAGUUUCGGUCCCACUCAGACAUGAAGAGGGCUCUGGACAAGCUGGAUGGCACAGAUAUCAACGGACGGAAGAUUCGUCUGGUGGAGGACCGACCUCGCAAGCGAAGGUCUUAUUCUGGCAGUCGCUCCAGGUCUCGUAGUCGCCGCCGCUCCCGCAGCAGGAGCCGCAGGAGUCGCAGAAGCAGAAGCUCCAGGAGUCGCUCCAGAUCCCACUCCAGGUCUCGUUCCCGAAGCAAUAAGAGACGCCAUCAUUCCCGCUCUAGGUCUGGAAGGAAGUCUCGCUCUAAGUCAGGAGAAAGCAAAUCGCGUUCUCGCACCCGCAGGUCUCGUUCUCGAUCCCACAAAUCCAAGUCUCGUUCUCGCUCCCGCAAAUCCAACUCCCAUUCAGCAGACCGAAAAUCCAAGUCCCGCUCAAAGAGCCAUUCAAAGGUAAAGUCAGAGCGUGAUUCUCGCAGUCGAUCCAAGGAGAUGUGUGGUGACAAGAAGUCCCGCAGUCGAUCAGCUUCCCCAUUGGAGAACGGGAAGGAGGAACGUGCCGCCAAAUCUGCGUCCCGCUCCCCAUCCCCACAGGAUGAUCGUAGAUCCAAGUCGAGAGAGAAGCAUUCAGCCUCCCGCUCAAAGUCCCGUUCAAGGUCUCGCUCACGGUCUAGAUCAGCUUCUCAGGAUUAGUGGAAUUUGAAAAGGGAGGCGUUGAGCUCGAUCCCUAUGCUGUACAUAUAGAGCUGUGUUGUCACACUGGCUUAUGCUUCCUGACUCGUCUACUUUUCUCCUUCAGGUGUGCACUUGUCUUAUACGUGUUUUAGAUGCAGUUUUAGUACAGGGUGCACCGCAGGGAUGGGAAACUUUUUGAAAAUUUCACAACUUUUCUUCAAUUAUUUUCAAAAAGUGAAGUGCGAGUCUUAAAUCUUAAGAGCUGCAAUUUGAGGUGGUUGAAGUCACACUCUCCCAAAAAAUUUCAUCUUGAAUACCAUUUUGUUUUGAUUGAAAGCUGUUUCUAGCUUAGCAUUUUUUUUCUUAAUCUCAGUUUGCAGCAAAAAAUGGUAGGUUGCUAUAUUAAUACAAUUAGCAUUGUAAGUUUCCCCAGUCCACUAAUGUCUGGAGCAUUAAUCGGGCAUUGUUGGAUUCAGUCCUUUUGUUUCAUACUCAAAUUGCAUGGUUGUGGGAGAAAAGUAGCGUUAGCGUGGUUACAGCAUUGCAGCGGUCUCCCUUUUGAGCCGCAGUCUAAAUAUUUGCUUUCUCAAGGAAAUUGGGCAGCCUGUUUUCUGGCAGUAAUCUAAAAAUGCACAACAGGGAUGCAAGAACUUGUACUACAGAACUGCAUUACAAGAAAAUGAGGGUUUUUAUUUCAUGUUUGAACAAUUUACAUUGUAGGUGGACUCAAAGUGAUCCCUUUUUAACCUCUUGUACAUGGACAGUGUGAUCAGUAUCAAACUGAUUUAUUCAUCUUUGUUGCUACCAGGAGUGUUUUUGUUUUUUUUUUAAAUCACUGUGCAUCUGUGGAAGGCCAUUUUGACUUCUGCAAUUCAGUUUGGUUAGAGUGUCAUGUCCUCAAAUGAAGCAUCCCAUUUUUCUCGAGUUUCAUGCUUUGUUCUGAUUGCAGCCCCGACAGCCAUUUUCAAUUUUCAUUUCAGUUUUUUUUUUUAGUUUCAUCCAUGGGUUAAGGGGUCUGUCAAGCCUCCGCUUCUCUGCUUAUUGAAAAUGUGCAGCUAGUACUGGGGGUUUUGUACUUGAAGGCUACGUCUAUUCAAAUCUCUUGAGGGUGGGAUUGUGGGUUUAUAAGACACAAACAUCAUCAGACUUGCUGAAUGCACCCCCCCCUCUCUCUUCUCUCCAUCUUUUGGAACAGAUUCGUAUUUUUUUUUCCUCCAUGCGAAUGAGAUCUAACAGAAAAUGUCCUUUUUUAUUGUAUGUUCAAUUAAAGAUCAUCAAAAUCUU